AAUGCAUGUGAAUUCCGGAAUCCUGCCAGGACUCGGAGAACAUGACGGCGCCUGGGGCUGGUAGAGGCCAGUCCAUGCCGUUGCCUUCCGUCCCAUCUGGCACUCAUCACCUACUCUUUCUCGCCUUCGGCACUUUAGGGGAUAUUCUCCCUCUUGCCAGCUUGGCGUGCGCUGCAGCCGACGCCAGUUUGCACAUCAGUGUGUCCUUUGCAAGCCACGCCACGCAUUGCUCACUCUUGGAGCAAAUGUUUCAAGGCCAUGCUAUUCAGUUCAGGGGCAUCGAUAGUCGGCCAGUGGUGCCUGUGGAAGAUCGAGAUGUACGGGCCUCUCAGGAAAGCACUGCGUCAGGCCAGGUAUCUUCCAGUGCUACAACAGACCCUCUGUCUGAUGUCCUCUCCAAUGAACACCCAGUGUGUUGUAAGAAGCGCCGCAUUGACUUUGUGGCACCACUUCAGCAGGAGCAGCCAGAUGAUGCAAUAGCGGCUUCUAUCCCAAGCUCGGCAUCCCCCCUAAGUACCCAAGCGACUAGUGUUCCAUCUGCAACUGAUCCCGGCGAGCAAAUACUCGCUGAUAAGCCCCUGCUAGAUUUGAAAUGCACCAAGGCCACGCCCGGUAAGUUGAUCGGAGGAAUAAACUAUGGAGCUCCUUUAUUUCCGCAACCCGCUGCCACAGUCGGGGCAAUAAUUCAGCUGCAACUCAAAGAAAGCUGGGAGUUUGCAAGCGAAGCACUGAGCAAAAGGAAGAUAAAUGACACUGCCAUGUUGGUGUUCAACCUCUUUGCGCUGGAGGCCUAUCACAUCGCGGAGCGCUUGGGCAUACCCUGUUCAGCAGCCAGCCCCUACCUGAUCCCCUAUGCUCCGCCAGCGGGCUUUGAGCGCACGUUCCGGCGCCGGUGGCCAAAGCUGCACACGGCUCUCCAGGACUCGUUGGCGCCGCAGGUUGGCUGGGCUGAGGUGGAGCACUGGAUGUGGCCGCUGUUUGAUGAUGCACGAUGGGGCGACUUUCGGGAGCGCACUCUGCAACUGCCUCGCCGACUGUGGACCAAUGUGCGCCUGCCUCAAGCCCCCCCUCUGCUUUACGGCUUCAGCGAGGCGGUGGUUCCAUGCCCUGGCUAUUGGCCGCGCACAGUUCGUGCCUGUGGUUUCUGGCCUCCUCCCCAAUCCUGGGACGACUAUCUCCAGGAGCAGACCCCCAAAAGCCUCCAUGAGUUUCUAGCGGCGAGCCGUGAUGUGGCCCGUCCGCUUGUCUACAUCGGCUUUGGAGCAGUCGGCAGCAUGGGGUUGCUCCCCCCUGCGGAGCCGCUCAUCUUAUCUUUGCUGUCGGCUUUGGAGGCUGCCGACUUCAGCGGAAUCCUGGUCACAAGCGGGUCGGCCUCUCUAGAGACGGAGCUUUGGGCAAGGCGGGACCGGGGACAGGGGUCGGUGGGCGCAGACACGGCCCAGAACGGAUCUCAGGAGGCGGGCGAUACCGACGAUCUGAAAGCGGGCGUUCUCCUUCCGGGGGGCCGCCUCCUCUGCUUGCGCGGCCCUGUCUCCCACCGCUGGCUGCUGCCGCAGUGCGCGGUGGCCCUGCACCACGCCGGGAGCGGAACCACCGCCGCCGCGAUCCGCGCGGGGAUCCCCCAGGUCACGUGCCCCUUUCUAUUCGACCAGUUCUACUGGGCGGGGCUGCUGGCCUCCCUCGGUUGCUCUCCCCCGCCGCUCACGUCGCCGGAAUUAGUGGCCGGGGGGGCGGCCGGUGUGAGUCGGUCGGUGGCAACGCUUCGGGCAGCUGUGGAACUACGGCCGGCGGCGCAGCGGCUUGCGAGGGAGGUGCAAAACGAGGACGGUAUAGCGUUAGCAGAUUCCGGGAUCUAG